AGUAAAGGUUGACUUUAAAAACCGAGCACAGACAGUUCGUGUAUCUUAUCGUUUUAUCCGAAUUUUACUGUAAAACUAUUGGAUUUCAAGUAUAUUAUGACAUUAUAAGGAUAUAUGAAUGCAUAUUCUUGAAUUCUAUGGUACUUUUAAGUACUGCGUAACGUUGAUUAUGAACGUUAAAAACAAAUGAAAAGUGAAAAUACUUUUAAAACUUUGUUGUCAUGUCGCCAGGCAAAUGAUUCAAAAAUGACUCGAAAUAGGCCUCAAGAAUAAGGAUUAAACUAUCAAUGAGCCACAUGACUAAACCUGUUCAAUGGGCUUCACUAGAUUCCUCAGGUUGGUCUAGUUUUGGUGAAAACACCCGACGUGUUGUUUCUAACAUGUCCAAUGAAACUCCUCACAGAUCCAGUAAUGGAGAUAUACGACUGCCUCAAAUAAGUAGCGGGAAAAGUGUAGCAAGCAUUGAUCUCUCAAACUCCCAGCGAAGGGAUUCUAAUGAAUUAACAGAACACAAUACAAAGACAUCAUACAAUGUUUCAUUGUCAUUCUCUCAAGACAAGGAUUCAUUAGGCAAAGAUGCUUCAUCUUCACAUGGCUUAUCAAUUCAUGCAUCACCGAGGGAGAUUCAACAAAUGAUUAAAGAUGGAUUGGAGUUACCAAGCUUGGUUGAUGUGAAUCCACGCUUCAAUGAACAUGGGUCUAGUAAUAUGAUGAGGCCUGGAUUCCCAAUGAAAAUGCACAAACAAAAAACUUUAGGAGUAAAAGGAAAAUAUGAUGAUAUCAGGCCAAAGAAAUUCAAUCCAAAACCAUUACCAUUUCAGUCUCAGAAUUUUCAACCAUGCACAAUGAAGAAAAGUGUAUUGAUUCCACGUCGCCAUGACAGUCUCUUUAGUGGCGUGUCUGAAUAUGUUCUGCCUCGUUCUAAAGAUGUUAUACUUCACACAGAAAGAUACCAGUUGGAAAGAUUUUUAAAACACAGAAGAAAAUUAAGGCAGAAGAUAGAAAAACUGAUGGUUGCUGGAAACACAAUGACACAGUGGGAUAAGAUACCAGAUAGGUUAAAAGAAGGCAUGGGCCAACAGGAUAGACUGUACCAUGAACAACAACAGAAAGAAAAGAUCCGGGGGAUGAAAAGAAAGUUUGGAAUCAACCCUCUGCACAGAGAGCAAAAGGAUCUACUUCUAGGGGGCGCAAAGGCAUCACUUGGAGAUAGACUUGAUAUUACAAAUGAAUUAGAGAAGUACAAGACGAUGGUGCUGCCAUCUUCAGUCAAGGACCCCUUAGUAACCAGCAAGCAGUUCUUACCGACAAUAGAUCGUACCAGCACAAUUGUGACAUCAUCAGCCCCUCAACCAACCAGAGUGAGGCAAAACAGCGCCAAAAGGAAGCCAGUUGUUUCAACAAAAAUUAAAAAACAAAGCGACAAUGGAAAGUCUUCCAUACCUUUUAUUAUUAGGAAACCUACAUUCUUAAACAACCAAAAAAAGCCACAGCGGAAGGUAACAAUUGAGGAAUCAUCAAGUGACGAGUCAGUGCCACCUAGUCCCUCACCACCUACCCCACCCCCUCAACCUGACCCAGAGCCUACACCAUCCCCAAUAGAAGCAUCUCCCGAAGCACUGUCUGAGGAAGAGGUGGAUAUACCCUCCCCCACCCCUGAGCCUUCACCCCUCCCUCCUCCACGCAGUGCUGUCUCCAGACACCCACCAAAGACACCUAACCCAUUAAAGGGUGCAGAUCUAACCAGAUCUCUCACAAGGGAAGCCACUGACAUGUUGAUGAAGACAUUCAAACGCUUAGACACGGACAUGGAUGGACAUGUGAUGUUUUCCCAGUUGAAGUCCCAGUUGCCAAAAAAUCUCACAUUCGCCCAACAACGAUUUAUAAAACAGGUGUAUGACAUAAGCAGUGCAAGUACUUUUUUUGGCCUGGAUGAGUUUCUCACGCUAUCAGUAUUAUGUGAACGAAUCUCCUCAUUUGAAGAUGACCUCAGGGAGUGUUUCAAACUUCUUGAUUUCUCAGAGCUAGAUGACAACAUCAAGAUAUUCAUAGAGUAUUUCCAAAAGGCAGAUAAGAGUCAAACAGGUAGAAUAGAUUUUGAAGCGAUGGAAACGAUAAUUCGUGACCUAGUCAGACGAGACUUUGACAGUGAGACGGGCCAAGGCAGACUCAAUCAAGUAUUAGAUGCAAUAAACCCAUCAGGGUCAGAGAUUAUCAGUAAAGUUGAGUGUCUGGCUUAUGUUCCAUACUUUCUGUCUCAACACCCUAAGUAUGAUCCCCCUGAUGAAAAUGAUGAAGAUGAAAACAAUGAUGAUGAUGAUCAACAAAACAAAGAUGACAAUCAAGGAUCUCAGCAUGAAAAUGGUUGAUGAUUGUUUUAAAAUUACUUAUCAGUGCAGUGCAGUGCAGUACAGUACCGUACAAUUGUAAUCUUUAAAAACAAAAAACUUGAAUAUUCUCUUGCAAUCCACAUAACCAUUUGACUCUCAUAGAUGACAUUAUAAUGUUGAUGCUGAUGCAAUCUUAAUGGUCCUAAGUGUGGCUGUUGUGCUUUUGGUUAUGUCACCACCACAAGUGGUG